CUUCCGGUGUCCCCUACAGUCAUGGCCGCCGCCGCUGCCGCCAGUGCUGGGGAGCCCCCGUCCCCUGAUGAGUUGCUCCCGAAAGGCGAUGCCGAGAAGACGGAGGAGGAGCUGGAGGAGGACGACGACGAGGAUCUAGAUGAGACCCUGUCGGAGAGACUGUGGGGUCUGACGGAGAUGUUCCCGGAGAGGGUCCGGUCCGCGGCCGGAGCCACUUUUGAUCUCUCCCUCUUUGUGGCUCAAAAAAUGUAUAGAUUUUCCAGGGCAGCCUUGUGGAUUGGGACCACGUCCUUUAUGAUCCUGGUUCUUCCUGUUGUCUUCGAGACUGAAAAGUUGCAAAUGGAACAACAGCAGCAACUGCAGCAGCGGCAGAUACUUCUAGGGCCUAACACAGGGCUGUCAGGAGGAAUGCCAGGAGCUCUACCUUCACUUCCUGGAAAGAUCUAGAUUGUUACUGCUAUAUUUGAGCAUUUGAGCUGUCUUGGUGGGAGAAUUUUGAAAUUUGAGUUAUGUUGGAACUGCUGGUUUUUUUUUGUUGUUGUUGUUUUUCAACUUUGGCACAUUGAUCUGUCUAAACCUGGUGGGGAAAAUUCUCCAGACCUCAUUGUCUCAAGGAGACUCCCAACUUUUAACUAUGCCCUCCACACAGCCCUCACUCUGACACCAGAGUGCAGCUAUACAGACAGUAAUUCCAGCUCAGGCCACCCUACUCUUUUCAGUAAAUUGCUCAUAACAUGAAGAUCUCCUCACUAUCCCAUUGUGGGGUAGAAAUCCAUGUGAGUGGGAGGAAAGCACCCGUUAACUUUCUUUUUUUUUUUUAAAGAAUGGAGAUGUCUGGGAGGGACAUGCACACAAUAUAAAACUGACAAAAUGUGUUACAGCAGUAGCAUAAAGCAGCCAUCGGGAAUCCCUGUAUUGGAGAGGAGGGAGUCUGGCUGCAGCUUCAGCCACAGAAGGGGAUGACAGGGACUGUGGAGGACAGAGCAGGAGCUCAUUUUGGCUACUGUACCUGUGUGUGUGCGUGCGUGCGUGUGUGUGUAAAAAAAAAAAAAAAGUCAAUGCUCACUUUUUGUAUUUAAAUAUUAAAAAAUGAUUCCAACUCAAACUGUCACCCCUGUGCUUGUGAUAAGUACUUCACAAUUACUCAGACCAUUUUAGAAAACCACAAACAGUCCAUGUAGUAUUUCUCUUGUCUAGGCCAGCACCUCCAUCUUAACACUGAUCUAUCUCAUAGGCCUAAGUUAGUGAAGUUUCCAAAAAUGGAAAAGAAAAUUCACUUUUGGCCAAGUUCAUCCUUAUAGCAAUCUCUGCCCUAAACUGAAGUAAUCACUUUCAGAUCCACCAGCAAAGGACUGUGUACUUGCAGUCUGUGGAACCUUUUUGCAACCUUGUUUUUAAAUGAGUUCAAAUGCAGCCUGGUCUUUGAACUUUGCAGGUUUUUUUUAAUAGAAACUGCUCAGCAUCAAACGUACUGAGCCUUUUAUGUGCAACAUUUACCAAAAUGCUAUGCCAUUUAAGAGGCAGUAUUAAUCCUAUCACAGAGGAUAAAACAGAAAGGUUAAGUAAUUUGCACAAGGCCUCACAGUUAAGUGCUGAACCUGGAUGCCAAAGUAACCUCUGAAUUAGGGCCCUACUGUGCACUUAUAGGGAGUCUGGGCACCAAGUUAAGGUGCAGGAUCUUUCACUUGUUAACUAGAGAAAAACAGCCAACAAUCAGGGAGGUAAAAAGCUGUACUUAGUGUAUGGGUUUUUCAAGUUGUAAAGCAUUUUUGUAAAUUAAGGUAAACUGAAAAGUGCCUCAGUGGCCCCCUUUUUUUUUUUUGACUUUGAAGACAAGAGUCUAUGUAGCCCAGGUUGGCCUUGUGAUCUUCCUGCCUCUGUCCCCAGUGCUGAGAUGAUAGACAUGUACCACCAUUCCCAGCUCAGGGGCAUGUUUUUGAAUUUGGAUUUUUUUAGGUAAGAAGUUUGAUUAGAGCAUAAUAUAUCUUUAAAAGGUGACUUAUGAUAGUAAUGAGUUCCCUUUAAAGCAACAUCAUACUAGUAUUUUUCUCUACAUAAUUACAAUAGAUCCUUCAGUAUCCCAUUCUUUCCCUUUUACAUAAUUACAGUAGACUCUUGGUAUCUUAUCUAUGGGUAUGUGGUUCCAAAGACACUGACAUUGGAAAAUCACAAAUGCUCUGGAUGCUGGUGGAGUGAGUGGUUCAAGUGGUAGAUCACCUGCCUGGCAAAUGUGAGGCCCUCAGUUCAAACCCCAGUGCUGACAAAUGCUCAGGAUGCAUAGAGGUCAGUACUGUACUGCGCAUGCUUGAUUAAUUUUUCCCAAAGUGCUGCCCAACUUCUGCUAAAGAAAGGUGCCUUUCAACAAAUGCAAGAUCUUUGCUUCAUUUAAAUUAAGCACACUGAGCUGGUGGAGUGGCUCAAGUGGUAGAACACCUGCCUAGCAAGUGUGAGGCCCUGAACCACCAAAAAAAUAAGCAUAUAAUGUUCUUUUUGGCUUGGGAAGAUUGCCCUAACUUAUACCUUGCUUUUGGGAGGCAUAUUUUUCCAACAUGAAGGGCAGGGAAGCAGAUUUAAGCACAACCAACAGUAAUGGGGGACUGAGUCCAUAUCAACUGAGCUGUGUAAUAUG